CAUGUUGGCAGGAUGACCCAAAAAACAGACCUGAUAUUCAACAUGUUCAAACAAUGCUUGGAGAAAUUUCAGGCUCAAAUAUAGUUGAUAUAGUUUAUGAAAAGGAGCCACCAAAAAAUGAAGACAGUAGUUCUUUCAGUCAUCCCAGUAAUAAUUUAACAGGGCCUAGUAUUGGUUCACUGCAAAUUUGA